AUGAUGGAAAACUGUCCUUUGACGAAUUCAAAGCUUACUUUGCUGACGGAGUUCUGAGUGGCGAAGAACUGCAUGAACUUUUUCACGCCAUUGAUACACACAAUACUGACAAUCUUGACACAGAAGAGCUCUGUGAAUAUUUUUCCCAGCACUUAGGAGAGUAUGAAAAUGUUUUAUCUGUCUUGGAAGACUUAAACAUAACCAUACUGAAGGCAAUGGACAAAACAAAGAAAGACUAUCAGGAAGCUUCUAAUUUGGAGCAGUUUGUGACUCGCUUUCUUUUGAAGGAAACAGUGAACCAGCUUCAUUCCCUCCAGAGCUCCCUGGAGUGUGCCAUGGAAACCACGGAGGAGCAGACUCGGCAGGAGAGACAAGACCCAACAAAACCGGAAGUGCUCUCAAUUCAAUGGCCAGGAAAACGCUCAGCUCGAAGGCUUCAGAGGAACAACAGCCUGUCACCAAAUAGCCCUCAUUUUAGCACAG